CUGCGCGGACCCUACCACUUCCACCUCAACCCCCCUCGUCCACCCCCUCUCCCCGCCUCGCUUGGUUUCGCCGGCGGCCCGGUGAGGCGGGCCAGGGCCGGGCCCGGUGAGGGGAAGUUUAGGGGGGGGAGGGAGGAGGCGAUGGCGGCGGCGAGCGGCGCCUCAGGGAGCGGGAUGGCGCAGAAGACGUGGGAGUUGGCCAACAACAUGCAGGAGGCGCAGAGCAUCGACGAGAUCUACAAGUACGACCGCAAACAGCAGCAGGAGAUCCUGGCGGCCAAGCCAUGGACCAAAGACCACCAUUACUUCAAGUACUGCAAGAUCUCGGCGCUGGCCCUCCUGAAGAUGGUGAUGCACGCCAGGUCGGGGGGUAACCUGGAGGUGAUGGGGCUCAUGUUGGGCAAGGUGGACGGGGAGACCAUGAUCAUCAUGGACAGCUUCGCCCUGCCGGUGGAAGGCACCGAGACUCGCGUCAAUGCUCAGGCGGCCGCCUACGAGUACAUGGCUGCCUACAUCGAAAACGCCAAGCAGGUUGGUCGCUUAGAAAAUGCGAUUGGCUGGUACCACAGUCACCCCGGCUACGGCUGCUGGCUCUCGGGCAUCGACGUCAGUACCCAGAUGCUUAAUCAGCAAUUCCAAGAACCCUUCGUAGCAGUGGUUAUUGAUCCAACAAGAACAAUAUCUGCAGGAAAAGUGAAUCUUGGAGCGUUUAGGACAUAUCCUAAGGGCUACAAACCUCCAGAUGAAGGUCCCUCUGAAUACCAGACUAUUCCACUUAAUAAAAUAGAAGACUUUGGUGUACAUUGUAAACAGUAUUACGCUCUAGAAGUCUCCUACUUUAAAUCAUCUUUGGAUCGUAAAUUGCUCGAGCUUUUGUGGAACAAGUACUGGGUGAACACUCUCAGUUCUUCUAGUUUGCUUACUAAUGCCGACUACACCACUGGCCAAGUCUUUGAUUUGUCUGAAAAAUUAGAGCAGUCAGAAGCUCAGCUUGGAAGGGGCAGUUUCAUCCUGGGUUUAGAGACUCAUGAUAAGAAAUCAGAAGACAAACUUGCAAAAGCAACAAGAGACAGCUGCAAGACCACCAUAGAAGCUAUACAUGGAUUGAUGUCCCAGGUUAUUAAGGAUAAACUUUUUAAUCAAAUUAAUAUAGCUUGAAGUGCAUCACCAGCUGAUACGCAUCUCCAAAGCAGACAAAAAGUCAUGGUUUCCUUCGCUUGGACUUGUUCAAUUUGAGAAAUAAAGCUGAAGUGGAAAAUUAUUCAUUUAAUUUGUAGUACUUUACUAUUCCCCACCUGUCUGACUGGUUUUAAAGAACAAAAUGUUCCCAAAUGUAGCGCAGCUUUUUGUUCUUUAUCAUAAAACACCACCAGUUUGGGAGAAUUGUUCCAAAAGUAAAAUAAAUGUGACUUACUGGAUUUUGCUCUUAGGUAUUUAUCUCGAUUAUCCGACUGCAAUAAAACAAUUUUGAAAAUGAA